AUGGAUAAUUCAAGUAAUGAUGUCACUGUUACUGACACUCAUCAAGAAGAAGAAUCUGAUAAUAUCGGACUUGUUGCAAAAGAGACAGAGGAGAUAAUAAUAACAAGUCAGACGCUUGUUGCUGCUGACACACCAUCAACUGAAGCAACCCCGACUACAACAACAACAACUGUUGUCAUCGAGGAGGUGCAAGAGGAACAACAAGGAGGAGGAGAAUCAGUAUUGGUCAACAAUAAUAUUAGUGUUGCAGUAGAGUCAUCUGCAGAAAAAGAAGAGGAGGUAGAUGAAUUUGGUUUACCAAUUGAUAAUAACAACAACACUACUACAACUACUACAAGUACUAAACAACAACAACAACAACAACAACAAGAAGAAACAACAACAGAGUUGGAUGAAGAAGAUGAAGAAGAAACUACAGAUAUUUCCUCAUCCAACUCUAGUUCAGCUUUGGAUCUAGCAUCGAUGAAAAUCACGAUUCCACCAACCAUCAAGACACCUCCCAAACAAACCAUCUUUGAAAACUUUAUCGUCGUUGGGUUGUCUGCCAACAACAAGUCACCUCCUCGUAUUGGUACUAUUCAUCGUCCAGAAUUAUUGUUUUCUUAUCCUCCCGAUAAACCAGUACCACCAAAAGUACAAGAAUUCUGUUUUCCUAAUGGCAUUUCACCUUAUUUGAUAAAGAGAACACCAUCAUUCUCUAAUUUGAAUGAAGUGUUGUAUGGACAACCCUAUCUUCAUUCAUCAACCUUUUUUUACACCUUUGUCUUGACUGGUGAGACUCCACUCUACGGUAUCUGUAUUACCAAGCCUGAAUUACUAAGUACCAUUCCAAACUUCUUUCCCGAACAACCAUCACCACUUGAAAGAAAACCAACCUAUAUUACUGCUUCAAGAAGUUACUGUUUUAUUUCAAAAUAUCCAUUAUUUAAUAUUCAUUUCGAUGCACUAUUGUACUUAUUGGCACAAGAUAGAUUAAUUACCAUUACUAGAGAAUUAUGUUCAACUGAAUUAGAAGGUGGACAUGAUGAAGAUCAAGAAGAUCAAAAUAUUAAUAAUAAUAAUAAUAAUAAUUCAACAAAUAAUAAUAAUAAUGUACCACCACCACUACCACCAAGACCACAACAAAAAGAACCUGAGAAUAUUACAUCAACAUCAUCAUUUACAUCAACAUCAACUACUACAACUAUUACUAAUGAAAAACCAUUGGAAUCUUUAGAACCAAUCACAGCUCCUACCACUACCACUACCACUACAGAAGUUUCUGCAACCUCUGAAGAAAAAGAAAAAGAAACAACAACAAUAAUAAUAACCAAACAAGAAGAAGAAGAAGAACAAUCAUCAUUACCACAAGAAACAUUAUCAACAUUAUCAACACCAACAUCAUCAUCACCAUCAAAUGUUGUUGAUCAACAAAUGGUUAAAAAUGAAAGUGAUGAUUUCCUAAAGGAACGGGAUUACAAACAUUUGGUUGAUAAAAAGAAUCUUUUAGAUAUAUUACAUUUCUACUAUUCCGAAGUACCAGUACCAAAAAGUGGUGAUAUCUUGGAUUUCACUCUUCCAGGUGAAGUUAAGAGAACUUAUCAAAUUCCAGCUGGUAAAAAUAUUGAUGAAAUGAAUUCAAAAUCAGUUGCAGAUUGGUCAGUCAUUGGAUUAUUUAUGCAUCUUAGUUUGGAGAAUAUUCUUAAAGUAUUGGGUGCCGUUUUACUUGAACAAAGAGUUGUAUUUGUUUGUGAUAAUUUAUCUGUAUUAUCUUCUGCAUGUUUUUCAAUGACAAGUUUUAUUUUUCCAUUUAUUUGGCAAGGAUUAUUUGUACCAAUAUUACCAACAGCACUUAGUGAUUAUUUGGAAGCACCUGUACCAUAUAUAGUAGGUGUCCAAACACUUAAAAAGAGAACAUGCGAAGGGUUGAUUGUCGACAUUGCCAACGACAAGGUGCAAUACAACCGCAUCAGUACACCACCUCUUCUUCCAGAGUUUAGAAAGCUCCAAAGAAACCUGAGCAGUGACCAACAAAUACUGCUCAAUGAAAAAAACCACAACCCAAUCAAAAAUACACCGACCCAAGUCGAAGCCAUUCAUCGCAUCUUUAACACGAUCCAACAGUAUAUUUGGUGGUUGGUCAAAAAGAUAGAGGCCAGCUUUAUUCUCAGCGAAGAGAUUCUUGCAGACAGUCUCAAGAUUCAAGUCCUUAAAACCAAGUUUAUUUCAACAGUCUCUGGUCACAACAAGGAAUUUGUUUCUCAACUUUUAGAUACUCAACAUUUUGCUCACUUUUUACAUAAUAAUUUAGCAAAUCAAUAUCAACAACAACAACAACAACAACAACAAGAGCAAGAUAAAAAUAUGAUGAGUGAACAAAAUAACACUACUAAUACAACUACUACUAGUAUAAACCUAAAGAUUAUUUUAAAUAAUGUUUAUCUAAGAACAAAGAUAUUUAAACAUGUUGAACAACUACACAGAAGGAUCAUUGAUAAUGACGUUAAUAAUAAGUUUCGAUUAUGUUUAAAAGGUCAUCAGUUUUCAAGUUUACAUGAAUGUAUCAUACUAAAUCGUACUGAUCUAUUCAUUAAACAUUUCAAUCAAGUUUAUAAAUCUUUUAAAUCAAUUUCAAAAGAUGAUGAUACAUUUAAAGAAAUACUUGAAUUAAUAUUUAAAUAUGAUCGAACAAUUGAAUUUGAAUAUUUAUUGAAAAGGAUACAACCAAUAUUUGAAGGUUCUCUAAUAAGAUCAAUGAUAAAAAAGCCACCUUGCAUCAAGAUGACUCAAAUUCUCGUUCACCACAACUACCACCUACCAUUAUCCACCUAUGAUGAUGAUCCAAGGUAUUACUAUCAGUUCUCAAUGAAUCUAAUACAAGUAGCCAUCGAAUCGUGUGAUGUACGGUUGUUUAACCAAAUCUUUCAACAUGUCAAGGCCUUGGUUGAAACGGAAAAGAUUAAUUCUAAUUUCAAGCAACAACAUUUAUUGUUUUCGGAUGCAAUCAAGUUGUUGCAAGAUAGAGGACAAGGUUACGAGAUUCUAUUCAAUAUGGUCAAACAAUUGAUGGGUCUGAAUUUAGAUCACAGAGCAAACCUGUUUAGAUAUGCUUUAGAGUUGGACAACCUAGAUGUUAUAGAGUGGAUCAAAGACAGCUAUGCGGACAGUAAUCCACAAGAGUUUGUUCAAUUGUGCCAACAUUACGAUGAAUUGAUCGAACGAUUUGCAUCGACUUUGGCAUUGCGAUUAAUCAACUACCAAGUACCGCCAAAGAGUACUCAAAAAACCACCUAUAAUGCAGAAAAAUAUGGAAACUUGGACUACAUUUUGUUCCUAUUUCACCAUCUCCAAUACUUUUCAUAUUUUGACUCUAAUAUUAGAAGACAGCAACUAUCCACUGCAUUGGAAAAUGGUCAUUUGGAAUGUGCUCGUUUUAUCAUUGAAGCAAAAAUCUUUUUGCAUCAAUCAAUUGUCAAAAAGGAGGAAGAGACAGGACCGGUAGUUCGUCUAAAGCCACUCCCAUUCAAGAUCGACCCAUCAAUCAUGUCGUUGGAUCUUGUCAAACGAAUCAUUGGGACCCCUCGCAUUGAUAGACAAUAUCAAGUGCUCAUUGAAUCAUCCAUCGUUGCCAACAUACCAGAUGCAUUGGAAUAUAUCCUUUCCCGUCUUCCAGUGUCGGGUCGGUAUGGAUUCAAAGUUGAUGACUUGCUCGUUUAUGCACUUCGACACCCAACCAACCCCCAGAUUAUGGAUUUAUUACUUGACAAGUUUUGUCCGAGUAAAGAUAUACCAAUCAAUGUCUAUGAAAAAGAUAUCAACCAUUUAUCGCCUAUACCGCUGGAACGUUUUUAUGCAAAGAAUUACAUUCUUGCAAUUAAUGAUCCUAUUAAAUGGAAUUAUCAAGGAUUCAUUAUAUCGCCAACCAUGUCAGCAGAUGCCAUACAAUUAAUUCUAAAACAUCAACCAAUCGAUACCGUACCUCUUUGGAUGAUAUACCUAUCGUUUACACAUCAACAAGAUAAUUUACAACUGUUACAAGAUUCAAUGAAACGUGAAGUAUCUCAAGAAAAAGUGACAUAUCAUUUUGCAACCAUUCGAGCAGUAUUGGAAAUUGCAUGUGCCAAUGGAUUGCUAGAGGUAGUUGAUUGUAUCAUCUCUGCAACGCCAGACAUUUUGUAUGUUGGCGCAAUGUACUUUCAAAAGGCUAUUGAAAACAAUCACAUCCAAGUUGCUAAAUGCAUUGCCUUGGCCUAUCUACCAUCGAAAUAUUUCACCUCCAAAUUGGCCUUUUCGCUGAUACUAUCCUCCCUUUACCAUAUCGUUGAUGACCUCGACUUUGUAUACUUUUGGGAUCUGUUCCAAUCCAUCACCACCAACUUUGAUAAUGUCUCUCGCAUGUUGUACUCUUCACCAUUAAUCUUCAAAUCACAACAACACCGAGUCACCAACACAAUCGAUAGAGUCAUACAUCAUUAUGGUAGGUAUUAUAAUGGUCCAGAGAAAGAUCAAUUCAAAAUGGAACCAUUGAAAUUAAGAAAUGAUGUACCAGAUUUCGUAGUUGGAUAUAUAAUCUUAAAAUACUAUCAAAACAACAAUUAUGGCGAAGAUUUAAAUCAUAUUGAUUUCAAAUCUUUUGAUUAUAAAAUUUAUCUACAAAGUAAUAAUAUUUCUUUAUUAAUGUUUAAUCAAUAA